AUGCCUGACGUCAAGCGCACUGUCCGUCUCAUCACCGAGCAGAACAUUAUACCACAUUGGCUGACUUGGGAUUUCUUCCUACACUACAGAGAUAAGCCCUCGGAGGUUGAGGGUUUUCCACAGCGAUCAUGGCAUAUUGAGGUCUGGCUCGUGAACGAGAAGGGCGCCUUGGUCCCCGCGAACAUCUUCGACAAGGUCACCUACCACCUGCACCCCAGUUUCGGUGAACGUGCCACGCAGGUUUUCAAGCACCCGCCGUUCCGUAUUCAGGAGGAGGGAUGGGGUGAAUUCGAUAUGUCGAUCGAGCUCACUGCUGACAAGUCGUACACGAUUCAACAUGACCUGAACUUCGCCCAGACCCGUUAUGAAUCUAAGCAUGUGCUUACCUUCAAGAACCCCAAGCCUGCUUUGAUGGCUGCGCUGCGCGAGUCCGGUCCGGUCCCCGGUGAUGAGAAUGGUAUCAAGCACAAGCGCCCUGCUGGUGGCGAGGAGAGCGCCAAGAAGAAGAAGCGCACAGAUAAGAAUGUUGACAUGGACAAGCUUGCCGAUGGGCUUCAGAAGCUGAACGAAGAUGACCUCUUGCAGGUCGUGCAGAUGGUUCAUGACCACAAGGCGGCGGACUCAUACACAAAGAACGAUGUUGAGCUCGGAGAGUUCCACGUGGAUCUGUACACGCUCCCGGACGCGUUGAUCAAAAUGCUCUGGGAUUUCACGGCGGACCGCGGAGCCCUGUAA